CGAUCGUAGAAUUAAAACGUGCAUCUAUAUAUAUAUAUCUAUAUCUCGAGGCGAGGGUUUAUACUUGCAACAUUACGACAACGUACGAAUCUUCUGAAGUUUUUGUCAAGAUGGCUAGUGAGCUUGAACUUGACUGCCAGGAGCUUGAAAGACUGUCGACACUGACGACCAGAGAUUCAGUGAGGACCCUACUAUCCAAACAGAUUCAGGCCUUGAGGGAACCCGUGGAAGCCUCGAAACUACCCGACGGUCAGGACCACAAGGAAGCUGACCCUGUCGGAGCAGGAACAGAAGAGGUGGGACAAGGACAGCAGGGGGCAGUAUCCAACGAUGAUAAACCCGUUGCAUCCUCGACAGGUAUGACUGCUUCGGACAUACCUAAACCAAGCGAGUCACAGAAGGUGCUGGUCUCUAAACUCCCAUCGAAGACCAUCACAUCGUAUGGUUGGGAUCAGUCUCCUAAGUUUGUCAAGGUGUAUGUCACACUGAAUGGUGUCCAAUCUCUAGCUAAAGAUGAUAUCACUGUCAUCUAUACAUCAAGUUCCAUGAGUUUGAGAGUAAAGAAAUCAGAUUGUAUUCACCAGCUUGUUGUGAAUAGCCUUCUACAUCAAAUCAUUCCUGAUAAAAGUCACCAUAAGGUCAAGACAGAUAAUUUGGUAAUCCUAUUAAAGAAGAGGGAUGAAAAGAACUGGGCAUAUUUGACAGAGACUGAAAAGAAGGCCAAACAGAAAGGGAAACCUACUCCCCCUAAAACAGACACCUCAGACCCCUCAGCGGGAAUCGUGGAUCUCAUGAAGCAGAUGUACGAUGACGGCGAUGAUGACAUGAAGCGAACGAUCGCCCAGGCAUGGACGCAAGCUCGCGAGAAAAAAGAUACGAUGGAGCUCCCAUGAUAAUACCGUGCCAAUAUAGUCUACACCUACAGACUCUAUUUGAGACAGUCGACUGAACAAUUAUAAAUGAAGCUUUGAAUCAAGCCUAAAUGUGUACGUCUCUGGAUGAGUUCUCAGGAGAAACAAUUAUGCCUGCAAGGAUACGUGUAAUUUCUUUGAUUCCUAGUCUUAAAUUGCAGAACCUUUUCAUACUACCCCUAUGGGUAUUGAACUUUUGACUUGUAGACUUGAAAUGGAAAGAAGCUAACAAAAUGUGUGUCAUAGAGUUGUAAACUCCUAUGUUUUGUAUUUUUUAUUGUUGUAACAUGUAAGGGCAAAUAAUGUUUGUAGACAUUUUUUCUUCUCUUCGGGGGGGGGGGGGGGGGACAUUUUUCUUUUACCUUUUUGUAACCUGUGCAUAUACAUGUGGAACCAGCAUGGACCCAGUGAGGGGGGUAUUCCCUAAAGCUCCUUGUCGCGUUAGGUGCAACUGAACCCGUCAAGACUGAAUGAUUCUGGCUAUAACCCAUAGACUCCAUCCUGCAUGAAUGCGUGUUCGGGUCCCAACGGGCUAAUACUCAACUGGUGACUUGCUCCUGUGUAAUAUGCCACAAAUUUCAUUCUCUGUUUUUAUUUUAACAAGGCAAGACUGAAUUUGUGCUAACCUUAUUCCAAUUAUGAAGAAAAAUUAUUAUGAAACUAAGUUGCAUUAUGGCUCCCCCCCCCCCCCCGAGUAUUAGAAUUAAUCCUCAUUAAAAACUAUGAUGGACUAGGAUAAAGAAAUCAUCAAAUUUUGAGAUUUGUUUUAAACCAUAUAUGUGAACCAGGGAUGGUAUUAUUCAGGGGGGUAUUUCACAAAGAAUUAAGUAUGAUUUACAGUUGCACUUAAAUGUCCAGUUGCUGAAUCUAAGGCAUUAUCGCAUUGGUCAAAUCAUGCUACCAAUGUGCACGUCAGCAUUGAGCAUGACUCAUACUCAUACUCUUUGUGACACCCCCCCCCCCUAUAGUUGUCCCUAUAUUUUGUCAUAAGAUACCACUGUGACUGUCAUUUUUUAUUUAUCGGAUAUAAGAUGGUUUGAGAAUACACAAGGGGGUGAUAUCACAAUGAGAGCUCAACUUGAGUGUAAGAAUGAGGUAUAUUGUUUAAAGUCAUAAUCAUGUAUUUCUUGCAGGAAUUCCUCAAGUGGCUUUUUCAUUUCAUCACAGAAAAAGCAGCUGGGAAUGUAGGAAAGCCGCUCUGGAAAGCGCAUACAUUCGUAAUUCCGAAGCUUCGUUAUUCCGAAGGUUCGGAUAUUCCGAAGGUUCGUUAUUCCGAAGGUUCGUAUUUCCGAAGGUUCGUAAUUCCGAAGGUUCGUAAGUCCGAAAACGAAAUGAGGUUCGUAAUUCCGAAGGUUCGUUAGUCCGAAAACAGAGUGAGGUUCGUAAUUCCGAAGGUUCGUUAAUCCGAAAACUAAAUGAUUAACUAACCUUAUUUCGUUUUCGGACUAACGAACCUUCAGAACAAUGAACCUUGUUUCGUUUUCGGAUAAACGAACCUUCGGAAUAACGCCACAAAUGUUCGGAUUAAGGAACCCUUUUACGUUUUCGGAUUAACGAACAUCGAGGUAUAGGCAAUUUGCGUGUUUCGGAAUUACGAACCUUCGGAAUAAAGAACCUUCGGAAUUACGAAGUGUAACCAUGGAAAGAUGCAUAGUGCCUUUAUAGCAGGGCUCCUGCUAAAAGUCCUGAUACUUGUUCCUAUAAAGGUCAUUCCAUUGUGUGAAUUUGAUUCAUCCAAAGAUUUGUGGAAUUUAUUUUAGUUGUUUGUGGAUACACUUCACACAGCAUGCUAUUGGUAAUCUUAGAGGACGAGUUCACCCCAACAAAAAAUUGAUUUGAAUGAAAAGAGAAAAAUCCAACAAGUAUAACACUGAAAAUUUCAUCAAAAUCGGAUGUGAAGUAAGAAAGUUAUGACAUUUUGAAGUUUUGCUUACUUUAAAAAAACAGUUAUAUGUACAUCCUGAUCGGUAUGCAAAUGAGGAUGCUGAUGACGUCAUCCACUUUUUCUUUUGUAUUUCAGUAUAUAAAAUAUGAAAUAUUCUAUUUUUUUCCUCAUUGUCAAGUGAUACAAUGAUUAAAUCGUCCCUGAGCAUGUGGAAUUAGCAUUGUUUAAUACGAUAUGGUUCAGUCAAGUUGGUCCUUAUUGUCAAAUCUGUAAAAAAUGAAAUAUUGUAUAAUUCAAACAAUAAAAAAACAAAAGGAAUAGUGAGUGAGGGACAUCAUCGAAUGUCUCAUUUGCAUGCCAAUGAAAUGUGCAUAUCACUGUUUUGUUAAAAGUAAGCGAAACUUUAAAAUGUCAUAACUUUCUUAUUUCACAUCGGAGUUUGAUGAAAUGUUCAGUGUUAUGCUAGUUUGACGUUUCUCUAUUUAUUCAAAUUGAACAUUUUUCUGGACUGGACUUGACCUUUGAGUGUUCAGAUAUAUAUAUGUAUACUGUAUGAAAUAUUUUUUAUACCUUUCUAUCAUGUUAGUAGUAGCAAGAAAAUGCUGUAAUUCUGUGACAUGACAUAGUAUAAAAAUAAUACACAUUGUCAAGGGCAUUGGUAAGAAUUAUAACUCAAGGUACCUUUGGAACAGCUCUAACAUGUCCGAGGUGUAGCUGAGGGCAUUUGGACUGAUUCAAAGGUAACAAAUGUGUGUAAUUAUGCUAAUGCCCGAGCAAAACGAUCUGUAGUAUUAUAUGUUUUAUAAGAUGAAGAGCUUGAUUCCAAAAAGGGGCUAAAUCCACUUUUGACCAAAAUUGAUUUUUUGAUACAAAUAUAUGUAGCUUUGACGUGGCAAUCAAGUGCAACAUAUUACACUUGGAAAAAAAAUGGAAAGGUUGGUAAAAAUUGAUUGCAAAUUUGAGUUUUGUUCCAAAAGGAGCUAAAUCCAAAACUGUUUUGUUCCAAAAGGAGCUAAAUCCACUAUAUGGUUAUUUAAAAUUGGUUAUAUGUCCUAUUUCACAUAAAGUUCGGCAUUCAUUUUUUUAGGCAUAUGUUUGUGGAUACAAGUUCACUCCAUCAGUGCAAAUUUUCCUGAAAAUUAGAGAAUUUUAGAAUCUUGAUGAAUAUUUUUGAUUUAGCAGCAGCUCCUUUUGGAAUUAGAUGCUGAAAAAUCACUGUCCCUUGAAAACGUGUCAAAUUAUCUUUUUUUCUUUUUGUAAUUUUGAAUGGAUUUCACAUCAGAAAAGAUGUGAAAUGUAUUCUGCUAGCUAGCUUUAUUUAUCUGUUUCGUGUCCAAUUGCCAAUAUCAAUCUUGUUUAAAUUGGCAAAAAUUGACAUUUUACUAUAAAGGUUUUGUUCUAAAAGAAGCUAAAUCCAUGAAAAAUAAAAUUGCAAAAAUUCUUUAAGAAUUGAUAUUGAGUGCUAGAUUUUUGAAAACAUGAUUUACUUAACCUAAGAUGAUUAAAAUAAAACAGCAGUGGCUGAGGGAAAGUGGUGAAUUAAAUAACCUUGAUUAACAGAAAAAUACCAAAAGUGGAUAUAGCUCUUUUUGGAACGAAACUUCAAAUACUGAUGUGGAUUUUUGUCAUUUGAUGAACUGUCCUCAUCUCUAAAACAAGACCAGUCAUUAGCAUAUUUGUCUGGAAGUUGAGAUAAAUUAAUGGCAGAUAACAUGAUACAUGCAGUCAAUCAUUAGAUCCAUAUCACCGUGUUAUGAUAGUUUAUCAUCUCAGAUUUUAGGAUUUCAUACAUUCAGUAGGUUUUGAACUACUGAAAUCAUUCUCAAUAUUUUAACCCUAAAAGGACUGGGCUAUUUGAGAUGUAUUGACGGAUGGGCAUGAUGCCCCCGCCCCGUCUGGUCUUGAUUGAGCGAUUUUCGGCAUGAAGUUGUCCCAUAAGUCACGUGGUGUUGCAUUGCUAUACCCGUACAUGUAUGUAACAAAAAUGGUCUCAAAAUUUGUGCAAGAAUUCUGAUGAAAAAGUCAUAGAAUUUCUCAGGGUGAAAAGCUACCCUUCACGACUAUAUUAGGUUCAUGAUAAAUAAUUAUUUUUUUUAAGUCUUUGUAAGAUGAAAAUGUUUGUAAAGUAUCCUUUAAAUAUUUUCAUUGUGAGGGAGAGGGGAGGUAGAGGUAAGCUGUAAUACCACAGUAGCAUUGGCAAAACCCAGCCCAGACUGACCAAAUGUAUUCUGGUGCCCAUUUUCAUAAAACUUGUUACAAUAAAAAAAUGUCAAUAACCGUUAAAAGCUAUCUUUCUUUCUGAUUGGAUGAUGGUGAAAUACUGGAAUAUUUUUUUUUUAUGAAAUGGGACCCUGUUAUUGGUAAUGCCAAACCAUUAUUCAGUUUAGCUAGUGUGACUAGCACAACUCCCUUUCUUCUUACUCUUGCUCUGUCCAUCUCUCAUGUAUCUUGCCUUGUCAUUGGCAUGGAUCCAUACUGUUUCCAGUACACUUCCAUGUUGAAUGUUUGUAUGGUGGAACAAAGUUUUUUUUUAUGAUGCCAUGUCAGUCAAUAAAUGAUUGAUUAAACUUGUCAUACCCUUGUAAAA